CGGAGCCGCACCCGCCGCGGACGGAGCCCAUGCGCCGGGCGAGCCCUGCGCCCCGGCCCCGGCCCCUGCCGCCGCCCCCGCCCCCUCCCCGGCCCCGGCCCCGGGGGCAGUCGCGCCUGUGAGCGGUGGGACCGCAAGCCACUGCAGCGCCUCGUGCCUCAGUCUCCUGAGGAGCGAUGACGGAGUAUAAGCUCGUGGUGGUGGGCGCCGGCGGCGUGGGGAAGAGCGCCCUGACCAUCCAGCUCAUUCAGAACCACUUCGUGGACGAGUAUGACCCCACCAUCGAGGACUCCUACCGGAAGCAAGUGGUCAUCGACGGGGAGACGUGCCUGCUGGACAUCCUGGACACGGCGGGCCAGGAGGAGUACAGCGCCAUGCGGGACCAGUACAUGCGCACCGGGGAGGGCUUCCUCUGCGUGUUUGCCAUCAACCACACCAAGUCCUUCGAGGACAUCCAUCAGUACCGGGAGCAGAUCAAGAGGGUGAAGGACUCGGACGACGUGCCCAUGGUGUUGGUCGGGAACAAGUGCGACCUGGCCGCGCGCACCGUGGAGUCUCGGCAGGCCCAGGACCUCGCCCGCAGCUACGGCAUUCCGUACAUCGAGACCUCCGCCAAGACCCGCCAGGGCAGCCGCUCUGGCUCUGGCUGCAGCUCCGGGACCCUCUGGGACCCUCCGGGACCCCCGUGACCCAGCCGCCCCUCUCGCUGGCGUGGAGGACGCCUUCUACACCCUGGUGCGCGAGAUCCGGCAGCACAAGAUGCGCAAGCUGAGCCCACCGGACGAGGGCGGCCCCGGCUGCCUGAGCUGCAGGUGCCUGCUCUCCUGACGGCAGCGGGGGCGCGGAGCGCUGGGUGCCACGCAGGAGGCGGCACAGCAGGGAAGGAGGGGGGUGCCGCCAGAGCCCGGCCCCCCAGGCCGGUGGACAGAGUGCCCACGGGCCUCCCGGGACGCUUGGCACAGACUCUGGUGAACUGACGCAGCUGGCCCCCAGCCUCGCUCUCCUCCAGCCCUGUCCUGGCCCAGCGGGCGCAGGCCGAGUCGCAGUAAAUUAUUUCAUGAUCUUGA